AUGCAAGGCGCGCCCGCCUCGGCUGAAGAAACGCCAGCGCCGGCAUCCACCGCGUCGGCGUGUCCGUGUGGUACCGCGCAGUCCGCCGGCACGAAAAAGCCUGCGGCACCACUUUCACCUCCCAACCGCGAGCAGAUUGGCCGUGCGAGUUGGAGGGUAUUGCACUCUAUGGCCGCGCGUUACCCCGAAGUUCCGAACUCCCGUCAGGUUCUGGAGGCCGCCGCCUGGAUUUUCGCCUUUUCUGCGCUAUAUCCUUGUCAAAUUUGUCGUCUGGAGUUCUUCCCCAUUCUCCGCCAGCUGCCUCCUAGGCUGGACUCAAGGAAUGCCUUCGUCCUCUGGGCGUGCGCAGCCCAUAAUAGGGUAAACGAAGACAUUUCGGCGCCGCGCUUUGCCUGCAGCCUAGAUGUCCUAAGAGCAAUGGGGAAAUAG